CAAAUGAUCAUUCUCCACAAUCAAAAGAUGGUACAAAAUCACAAAGGAAUAGAGAUGAACAUGAUCACAAAGGUUGAUCAAAAUGAAGCAAGAGACACUUAUAAAAUUUCAUACAUAAUCCAUUUCUUGCUUGGUGCUGGCAAUUUGUUACCUUGGAAUGCCUUAAUCACUGCUGUUGAUUACUUUGGAUAUCUUUAUCCAACAAAACAUGUUGAGAAAGUUUUCUCUGUUGCUUACAUGACUUCAUCUCUUUUGAUUCUUGUUUUGAUGUUGAGUUGGAAUAAAUGGAACCAAACAAUGAGUCUUAGAUUGAGAUUGAAUCUUGGUUUUUCUAUGUUUGUUCUUUGUUUAAUGGUAACACCAAUUGUUGAUUGGAUUAAUUGGGAUCAAAAUGGAACAAAGGUGAAGUCAAAUGCAACAUAUUGUGCUGUGGUUGUAUCUGUUGUUGUUUGUGGUUUGGCUGAUGGUUUGAUUGGUGGAAGCUUGAUUGGUUCUGCUGGUAAGCUGCCUAAACAAUACAUGCAAGCAAUUUUUGCUGGAACUGCUUCUUCAGGUGUUUUAAUUUGCAUAUUAAGGAUUAUAACCAAAGUAUCACUUCCACAUACUCCACAUGGUCUAAAGACAAGUGCUCAUUUCUACUUCAUAAUUAGCACAACAGUUUUGAUAGUGUGCAUCAUCUGUUGCAACUUGUUGUAUAAGUUGCCAAUUAUGCAGCAACAUUACACACAUCUUGUUCAAGAUUUCUUGCCAUGUUCGAGGCAUAAACUCCGCGAUGUGGCAAGAACUAUAAAGUGUCCUGCAUUUGGAAUAUUCGCGAUUUACACUGUGACAUUAUCUAUUUUCCCAGGGUUCUUAGCAGAAAAUCUUGAAUCGAGUGUGUUUAAAGAUUGGUAUCCCAUUCUACUUAUAACAAUUUACAACGUAGCGGAUUUCGUUGGGAAAUCUUUCACUGCAUUGUAUGUUGUUAAGAGUACUAGUAAGGCUACAUGGGGUUGUGUUGCUAGGCUAUUGUUCUAUCCUCUGUUUACAGCUUGUUUACAUGGUCCUAAAUGGCUAAAAUGUGAAGUGUCAAUUGUAUUUUUAACGACGAUGCUCGGUCUGACCAAUGGGUACUUGACAAGUGUCAUUAUGAUUCUUGCUCCCAAGUCUGUGCCAAGUUCUGAAGCUGAAAUUGCUGCAAUUGUUUUGGCUGUUUCAUUAGGGAUGGGAUUAGUGGCUGGUUCUGUUCUUGGUUGGUUUUGGAUUAUUUGAAAUGCUAUUAUUUAG